AUGGAACAUCAAAAAGUUCUUAUAGACGAAGCCGACAAUGAUGACCGGGAGAGCCCCCUCUACCAUGCCAUUGAUUGGGGCCUCAACUUCAACGCCCUCCGAACCACUAUCAAGGGGAAACGCAUCUCAGUCCAUCCUCAGGCUGAGCUGGAAAUACCCGGGAAAUACACCGAGACUGUACCGGAAACAGAUCGUGCCCUUCGCAGUGAACCAAGAGCUGUGGAACCCGUGGGUCAACUUCAGGAAGAUAUGACUCAAUUGUCUAUCAACUCCCAUGGCGAUGACAAUCUUCUUUUGAAUGAAGAGGGCUCUGAGACGAAUGUGGAAAGCUUUUCUGACGACGGCAGUGAUGAUUCCUCUCGCACGGAAAAGCCAGAGGGCUCUCCUGAUAGUGACGACGGAACUUUUCCCACCAAGAAGGCGGAAAGCUCUUCUUCUCACGAUAAGGAAGUCUAUGGGGAAGAAGAGAAGAUUUUUUCUCUGGUUGGAAGCAUCGAUAGUAUUUCUGCCCAACUCACAGACGCCGGCGAUUCUGCUACUACCGUGGUCGAGUCCCCCAAGAGUAAACACCGACGACCUGACUUCAUCACCUUAAUAACUUUUCCGGACAAGCAUCGACGGGUUCUAUUCAUUCACGAGGUCAAGCCUUUGAAUGUGUUGUUGUAUACGAACAAACAAACCAUUUUGGAGGCCAAGGUCUCGAUGGCAUUCCGCAGCCUGUUGCCACAGAUCAUUCAACAAGUCCAGUUUGGCUUCGAGCAUUACCCUGACGAAGAUAUCUUGUACAUCAUGGGUAUGGUUCAGUUCUAUUUUUGCAUUUACAGGUUCUACCGUCGCCGUACACCGAAGUAUGGUGAGCCUCUGCCCCAAAUUCUUGAGGACAUUCCAGAAAUGAGAAAGGGCCCUUACAGCCUGUUCAACAAGACUCAAACCGACUAUCACAGCAGAUUCAAGUACUGGUGGACAAGAGUCAGGGAUGAUGCCACCUGA